AUGUCCAACAUAACGACGACGAGCGCCAACACGUAUCGUGUUGGAGACUUUGUCUACUUCGACGACCCAGUCGCCACGGAUGCUCCAUUCCAGAUUCGCAAAAUAGACGAGCUUCUGAAGGUCAGUUGGAGGCAAAAGCAGUAAUGUGUACGUUCUUUUCUUUUUCAGUCGGCUAAUGGCGUUGAAGCCCGAUGCGUCGUGUACUUGCGGCGAAGAGACAUCCCGCAGCACUUGCUGAAAAUCGCCGAUCAGGCUCAACGCAGAUUUGAUAAUUGUACGUUUGAAUCGAGUGCGUUCAGGAAAAGUAACACAUCCUCAUUUCAGACUAUGAAGUAGACAAGAAGAAGCCUGAAAACUUUACCUCAAAAGGUUUCGUUGUGGCUAACGGAGGUGGAGCCGUAAAAGAAGAAGAGGCCGAGGCGGAAGGAGACGACGGACCGCCGAAGAUCGACGCUGAGGAGGGAGACGGUGUCCCCGUCAACGAGGAGAGAACGAGCUCUUCGGAAGCUCCAGAAGAGAUGGACACAGCUGCGGAAAGCAAAGAGGAGAAUCCGAAGGAGAAGGCCGAGGUUGAAGCGACUCAGGUCAUUGAUUGGGGAGAGGGUGGAUUGCCGCUGGGCGCCGAGAAGCUGACCGCUGAGGAGAGAUUGCGACUGCGACAACAUGAGAUCUUUAUGACCAGACAAUCGGAGAUUCUUACUGCCAGUCUCAUCCGCGGAAAGUGCCGCGUUGUGCUGCUCGGAGACUGCGAGGAUGCGGACAUUUACCUUCCGCACGACGAUACCUUCUACCAUUCUCUCGUUUAUGAUCCGACUGCUCAAACUUUGCUCGCCGACAAGGGAGCGAUUCGCGUCGGAGAAAAGUAUCAGGCUUUUGUCGAAGAUUACAUGGAGCCUGCCCAAAGAGAAGAGAAGGAACGGCUGGAGAAGGAGGCGAAAAAGGCAGCUGCAUUGGCUAAGAAAGAGGAAGAAGCAGCCAAACUGAAACUGAAAAAAGAAGAAGAAGAACAGGCUAAUGAUAAAGAAGAAGCUGAAAAUGGAAAGGAAGAGGUUGCCACUGAAGAAGAGACCAAGAAGGAGGUGAAGACGGAACCUAUGGAAGUCGUGGAAGUUGUGGAACCAAAAGAAGAGAGCGAUGAGCGAGAAGUGCUCGUUUGGCAGCCGGAUAGCGGUCUCUCCGAGAGAGACAUCGACCAGUACCUCAUCGUCGCCCGUUCUGUCGGUCUCUUUGCUCGUGCCAUCGACGGUGCUUCCGUUCCCAAACUGCCAACUCUCCAACUUGCCGCUGCUUUCGCUUCCCGUGAUGUCACAAUCCUUCACGCCUACGCAAUUCUCCAUCAGGCCAACUACAAUGUCGGCCAAGCUAUCAAGUACCUUGUCCCUGUUGCCAGUGUCGAUGCGUAUCCGUGCCGAGUCGAUAUCGCGACUGGAAUGCAGACGAAGAGCCUCGGAGGACCCGUUCUGUGCCGUGAUCAGCUCGAAGAGUGGUCGACUCCGGAGAUGAAUCUGUUCGAGGACGGCCUGGACAAGUGUGGAAAAGACUUUGGAGAGAUCCGUUCGGACUAUCUGCCGUGGAAAUCUAUCCGAGACAUCGUCGAGUACUACUACCUCAUGAAGGCCUCAAAUCGUUAUACCGACCGCAAGAAAAACAAGACGACGAACGGGGGCACCGAGGACGCCAAACUCCACCAAGUCUACAUUCCAACAUACAACAAGGCCAUUCCGGCCAACAUUGGAACGUAUAACACAACCCAGAAUCUGGUCAGAAGCGAGAUCGGAUGCGAAAACUGCGGAACGAUGGAUGCCAUCAACUGGUAUCAGUGGGGAGGCGUCGAGAAGAAGGUUCUGUGCUCUGGAUGCUGGACCAAAUGGAAGAAGUUCGCCGGAUUGGAUAAGAAGCACGAGCUGGAGCGAUUCGAUAAGACGCGUCCGCCAGUGCUCGAUCAACAAACCUCGGCCAUUCAAUCCAGCAACGGAAACGAUCGGCCUCCAGUUCUGCAAGUGCAACAGCAGAAGCCGGCCACUCCAACCGGAUUCAACCAGCAGAAACCAGGCCAAACUCUCCCGCGACAGGAGUCAUACACUAAGCAGAACGUUCUCGCUAUGGCCAGAGUUGCACUGACGGAAGGCAGAAUCACUCAAGAACAGUACAAUCAGAUCAUCCGGAACUUCCAGCAACAGCAGCAACAACCUGCGGCUGCUGCUCAGCCAGCGGCACCUUCCGUACCCCAGAAGGUUCGUUUGUUAAACAAAAAACGAAAAAUUAGAAUUUACUUGAUUUUCAGAGGAAGCCGACUCCGGCGACGAAGCCUCCAAUUGUGUUCUACACUACGAUCUGUCGAAGAGCAGUGAGGCGUCUGCUUCCGAAAGCCGCCUUCAAUCUCCGGAAGCUCUCUCGCAAACCACACAGCAACAUUGACGAUGAGGCGAUUCUCAAAUCAAGUCAGUUAAAAGCUCUAACACUAUGCAUUCUAAAUUUCUCAUUUUUCAGUGAUCGUUAUGGACAAGAAAAACUUGUUAAACUCGGCGUUCGCUGCUGCUGGCGAGAAGCGGAAUCUGAUUGUCGAGGCGGACUUCCACAAAGGAAUCACUCAUCUGCAACACGUACGUUUUAUCUGUUCCAAGGGGCACACGUCACGAGAAAAGAACCUUCUAGGAAUCUCACGCCGAAGCUGUGAGGUGGCGUUUGUACAAAUUACUUGAGGAGCGUGAGAAAGAAAGGGUAAAAGGUUCGUGACGUGUGCCCAGCCCCUGCCCUCCUUUGUUUCUCCUCAAUAUCUAACCCCUUUACAUCUUUUCAGACGUUGUCUCACGCGACCACGGGAAAAAGAUCGGCGGCGCAGAACGUGCACGCGGGUGAACCGUCCGCCAAGAUUCCCCGGGUAAGCUAUCCACGAGGCUGCCCUCUUCCAAACAUCUGAAGUGAACUGAACUGUCUGUCCGAGUGUUUUUUUGGUGCUCCCUACUUUUUCUUCCUGUAAACACUUUCGGAGAUUCUAACUCCAAUCUUUUCUGCAGUUGUUUCUUUCAUCGUUCUGCUCUUCCCUGACAUGUUUAACCUUUACUAAUUUUGCAUGUUCAUGCUGUCUGCUAACCGUAAUAUGCCAGUCUAUCCAUUUUUCCCACCUGCACCCUCAUUUCCAGCUUUCGGUUCCGUCCUAUCCCUCCGGAUCAUCCGGCACUCUUGUUCCUCCGACACUCGAAGACGUCGGAAACACUCUUCUGGCGGUGAACGAGGCAAUGAAAGCGGCGCGUUCGUUCGUGAAUCCUCCGCCGUCGCAACCCACACUCCGCUUCCAUCCGCAUCCCCAGCAACUUUUACAACAGGACUCUCCUCCACACCAAUUCCUCGCACCACUGCUACGCUUUCCACAGAUGCAGUCGUCGUCGGCGUCGUCGUUGUCGCAACUGACCAACAUUCGAGUUCAGCAGCUUCGCCAGUCGUCACAACAGCCUCGGCAAGCCCAGGUGCCAGUUGAAGUCGAACCGGAGCGGCUCGGGACGGUGAUGGAGAUACUCAAAGCACACACUGACUCGCGGUGGUUUGUGUACAAAGACGACGUGAUCAAGUAUCGCGCGGGUGCCCAAAUGAAGUAA